AUGAAAAGUGCUACCGUCUCCAACGGCAAAAACGAGCACGACGCUCCCUUCCAGCUCGCUCUUUUGUCCAAUGCUCAUACAACCGAGAUGAAAAAACUAGGCAUUACAGGAUGGGAGCAGAUGCACUUGAACGAAGACCUGUUGUCGGGUGACACUUUAACAGGUAGCGAACGUUUGUGGCACUUAUUCGGCAUCAAGUUAGACUGGAGUUGUUAC